AUGUCUAACCCAAACGGUGCCCAGCAAAAUAUCAAGGUCGUCGAUGGUCUGAAUUUGACCAUAGCCAUAGCUAGGAUUUAUCGUCAGUCUAUUGUUUACAUGUUCUUUGCAAUAGUUCUAUUAGCUCUGGGAAUUGCAGGCCAAACAAGAGUAGCCAGCUACGUACUUGGAGCGAAUUAUGGAGCCAAUGCAAUUUGGAUUUCGGUUCUUUGGAUCAUUACCAGUGCUUUGGGUUUGGUUACGUUCAAGAAUAAUGUUUAUCGCAUUGACACGGCUAUCCCUCAUCUUGUUUUCAUUGCUAUCAGCAUGGCUGGAACUAUUGCAGGAAUUGUUUUGGUUAGUAUUGGCAUGAGUUAUGCAAGAUUUUUUAGCUACGAUAGAUUUAUCGCAAAUAUGGUAGUUGGGAGUGUCAUGCUAGCUGUCUACGUGUCGUUCCUUGGCUGCAGCAUCUAUCAAAUUAUUAUUUUCGCACGUUUUUCUCAGAACGGCGUGAUCUCAUCCGUUAGCCAGCAACCACAAGCUAUUAACCAGCAGCAAACAGUAGUAUAUUUAAAUCAACCGCAACAGCCGCAGAUAUUAAGAGAAGCUAGAGAUAAUUCUUCAGAUAUGGCAACAGUAAUCACUCAAGCUGUUCGCAUUAGACCCAUUAGUAGAGCUGAUUUCAUUCCUGCUAUGGCACAUAUUACCAAGCAAUGCAUUGUCUUCCUGGUCUUUAGUAUAUUGAUUUUGGCUGCUGGUGGUGUUGGUGUUAGCCCGUAUGGUGGAUAUGUCUAUGGAAUUACACUCUAUUUUCAUUGCUUUUGGGCGGCGGGCUUAAUGAUAAUCUCUUGUUCGCUAGGCAUCGCCACCUAUAAUCAUGGCAGAUAUAAGGAUAAUACGGCUAUUGCUCACAUAGUAUUUGUCGUUUUAAGUGGGCUUGGGGCAUUUGGUGGAUUUGUUUUACUUUGUUUAGCAGCCAAUAACGUUCGCAUCCUAAUUUCAACAGGCCAUGAAAUCUUUAUAAGUGCAAUGUGUGUCGAUGUUGUCGUCAUGAUAAUUUAUCUAUCUUAUAUUGGAAUUGCUAUUUACCAAAUCGUCAUUUAUUCCCGUAUAUCCAGUGGUGGUACAAUUAUUGCUACUAUCACACCGAUGCAACCGGUACAACCAGUACUUUCUACUGAAACUCCACAUCCUUAUACUAAUCAUCCAAGCUAUCCAAAUCAGAAAUUAUAA